UGUGUCUAACAGCGUAGCUCCAACCAUAGUUUCUAAAAAGCAGGGUUUUACUGCUGGAACUUGUUUACGCCCUUUGAGCAAGAAUUAAUAUAUGAAAUGCACAUAGAACAAAAUUAGCCGCGAUCUGUCUAGCUAGUUUGCCAACGCAUGGGUUAGUUUGCCGAUGUGGCAGCCAGUGAAAGUUAACUUUGUGUGCUAGCUACAACAUCUAGCCAAAUGUAUGCUGCUGAAACUGAUCUGCCAUCUCCAGGUCUAUCCACAAUCAGUGUCAGUAAAGUAAGGGACAGGUCAGGUAGGGUGUCAUUCAUAGACAUAGAUACAUAUUUGCGUGUACUGUAGACAAAUGAACAUGUAGCCUUGUAUGGGACAAAAAUGCCCGGCCCCUGUCCUUGUCUGGCCAUGUUGGCUUCGACAGCCUACCUCACCAGCUGGUCAACAAAUCAACAUGUCAAGGUUUCUGCUUCAAUAUCCUCUGUAUUGGCGAAACGGGUAUUGGCAAAUCCACCCUAAUGGACACACUGUUCAACACUAACUUUGAGAACUUUGAGUCGUCUCACUUCGAGCCCAAGGUGAAGCUGCGAGCGCAGACCUAUGACCUGCAGGAGAGCAACGUGCAACUCAAGCUGACCAUCGUCAACACAGUGGGCUUUGGGGACCAGAUGAACAAGCAGGAGAGCUACCAGCAUGUUGUGGACUACAUUGACACCCAGUUCGAGUCGUAUCUACAGGAAGAGUUGAAGAUCAAGCGGUCCCUCCACAACUACCACGACUCCCGUAUCCAUGCCUGUCUCUACUUCAUCGCCCCUUCAGGACACUCUCUCAAGUCCCUGGACCUGGUCACCAUGAAGAAACUGGACAGCAAGGUCAACAUCAUUCCUGUCAUCGCCAAAGCAGACACCAUCUCCAAGAGCGAGCUCCACAAGUUUAAGAUCAAGAUUAUGAGUGAGUUGGUCAGUAACGGUGUCCAGAUCUACCAGUUCCCUACCGACGACGAGACCGUCUCCAAGAUCAACACGGCCAUGAAUGGUAUCCUGCCUUUUGCUGUUGUGGGGAGCUCAGAGGAGGUGAAGAUUGGAAAUAAGAUGGUCAAAGCUCGGCAGUAUCCCUGGGGUGUGGUGCAAGUGGAGAAUGAGAACCACUGUGACUUUGUGAAGCUGAGGGAGAUGCUGAUCUGUGUGAACAUGGAGGACCUGAGGGAGCAGACCCACACGCGCCACUACGAGCUCUACCGCCGCUGCAAACUGGAGGAGAUGGGAUUCACAGACACGAACCCAGAGAGCAAGCCAGUCAGCCUGCAGGAGACCUAUGAAGCCAAGCGUCACGAGUUCCUGGGAGAUUUGCAGCGGAGAGAGGAGGAGAUGAGGCAGAUGUUUGUCCAGAGAGUCAAGGAGAAGGAGACUGAGCUGAAGGAAGCUGAGAGAGAGUUGCAAGGUAAGUUUGAGCAGCUGAAGAGACUGCACUCUGAGGAGAAGAGCAAGCUGGAUGAGAAGAGAAGGUCCCUGGAGGACGAGAUCAACACCUUCAGCAAGAAGAAAACCGCUGCCGAGCUGCUCCAAGGCCAGCCCUUCAACACUAACGCCAACCUCAAGAAGGACAAAGACCGUAAAAACUCUGGGUUCAUGUGAAGAAAUAAAUGGACAAAGACCCCCUCCCAUCAGACAGAAGACGAAUAAAUACAAAAUGGAAUACAUUCACCGAUCGUCGUCAUUGUUUGCCUUAGUCAACUCACAAAUGUUGUUUGUCAAAUACCAGCCAGAGUAUUGAUAAUUCUCUUUUUAAUACUGGUAACCCUUUGUAUUACUUUUCACUUCUACAGCUAGAGGGUGCCAAAUGAACAAGGUCUGGUUAGGGUUAUCAUUGAAAAUACUGUACUUCACACCAAACAGAAAUACAAUUUGUUUGAUGGUCAACAGUACAUUGACAUUCAAGAUGUAUUUAAUUGUCCAAUCUCGGAAUUAGUUGUGUUACCGGGUUGUCUUGAGUAUUGACUUUACUGGGAUAGCAGAUAAUGUGGAGACUUGAACUUGUUCCAACUUUAAUUCUGCAGAUAGAAUAUAUAUUUGCAUGUCUUUAAAAUAUGCUGUUCACCACUAGUGUGUAUUAUAUCGCUUGAUAUUUAUUCUAUGCAUUAUUAUUGUAGACUCAUGUGUUUCUGGAUGGAUUCCAUGUAUAGUAAUACCUAGCACUGGUCCAGGUCGUUCCUCACCUCAUGUUACAUUAGUGGAGGAAUGCGUACCAAAGACCAGAGCUACGUUAUAUCCACGCAUGCGUUACAUUCCAAUCACUGAGGUAUUACUUUUUAAACAUUUAUUGUAUGCCUUUUAUGUGCCUUACUGCCACAGAUACCUUGUAUUUUAUUCAAAUGCUAAAGAAUGAAGCAGCUCCUGACAUGGGAAUUAAUUUCUGAAGAGUGAAACCAGGUUUUUUUUUUGUUGCUCAAUGACCUUUCUGAAUAGAACACUACGUCAAAUGGUUUCGACAUAAGGCACCUCGGGCUAUAUUGCCAAUAUACCACGCUAAGCGUACAUAUGAACAUUCCUUAGCCGUGGUAUAUUGGCCAUAUACCACACCUCUUUGGGCCUUAUGGCUUAAAAAUAGUAUGUUGUGUGUGUGUGUGGAAUGAUUGAUGUGAUAAUUGCCAGAUGUAUUUUCCCUCUCAAAGGAUACCUUUGAAAAUAACUUGGCUGUGUAAUUUAAGCAAUAUUUUUUGUACACAGCUUUUUUCUUAACUCAUAUGAACUGAGGUUUGUUCUUAGGUGUGGAGAAGGGUUUAUAUCACCAAAAAAAUAAAACGUUUGUCAUACA